GGAGUUCCACUAAUGCAUUUUGCUUGAAAUCAGUCACAGCAGCAGCAGAAGCAACCACCUCCACCUUCUUCUCAAACAUUGGUUAAACCUAUUUUUUAAAAAAUUACAUCUUCCUUUGUAGCUUUUGUCUUGAACACAUAGAGCACAAUGACCAUCAGACGCAUAGAUCAAGGCCAGCGUCACAGGCCAAGAAUGGCAUUCCUAAAAAAGUUUGAAGCUCUGCUGGUGGAGAUGCAGGAUCCGAAUUCUGGCAUCAAAAUGCACACUCAGAGGGUCAUGAUUACUAACAUCCCACAUGCUAUGACUGGUUCUGAUAUAUUGCAAUGGAUUAUACAACGCCUGCAGAUUGAUAGUGAAGAGGCGCUAAACCUGGGAACUAUGAUGAUCAAGUAUGGAUAUAUCUAUCCUCUUCAGGAACCCAAAAAUCUUACACUCAAACCAGACAGCAGCCUCUACCGAUUUCAAACACCCUAUUUUUGGCCCACCCAGAAAUGGGGUGCAGAUGAUACGGAUUAUGCAAUCUAUUUAGCCAAGAAAAAUAUUAAAAGGAAAGGAGUCCUAGAAGAAUAUGAAAAGGAACAAUAUAACAUGCUGAACAAAAAAAUCAACCACAAGUGGGACUUUGUUGUUAUGCAGGCCAAGGAGCAGUAUAGGACAGGAAAGGAACGAAGCAAGGCAGACCGUUAUGCUAUGGACUGUCAGGAGAAGGCAUACUGGCUUCUCCACCGAGCACCUGUUGAUGUUCCCAGACUUACUGGCUGGUGGAGUCGUGGGGAGAGCCAGCUGGGGCCUCACGGCAGCAGCCAGCUGGCUGUGAGCUCUGAGGCUUCCUCGCCCACAACAGAAUUUUUUUUGCUAUUUUCCUUUGUUUUACAGAAAAAAACAAUAGAUGUUUACAGGAAAGAGAUCAUUUACUACCAGCAGGCCCUGAUGAAGACCACAGUAAAGUGUUCUGUCUCCUUGGGAGGAAUAGUGAAGUACUGUGAACAGUUCUGCUCCAGUGAUCCCAUCAUUUCAGGAUGCCUCCCCAGCAACCCCUGGAUCACCGAUAAUGUUGAUUUCUGGGAGCUCAAUGCAAAGAUGGUAGAGGUCCCCACCAAAAAACGAGUCGAAAGAUGGGCCUUGAAUUUUGCAGAGCUGAUGAGGGAUCCCAAAGGCCGCAAGAGCUUCCGGCAGUUCCUGCAGAAAGAGUUCAGCGGGGAAAACAUGGCCUUUUUGGAAGCUUGUGAAGAUCUGAAAUAUGGAGACCAAUCCAAGGUGAAAGACAAAGCUCAAGCAAUUUACACAACUUUCCUUGCACCAGGAGCAAGGCGCUGGAUCAAUAUUGAUGGUACCACUAUGGGCAUCACAGUCAAAGGCCUCAGACACCCUCAUCGCUAUGUCUUAGAUGCUGCACAAACUCAUAUUUAUAUGCUCAUGAAAAAGGAUUCUUAUGGUCGCUACUUAAAGUCUCCAGUUUACAAGGAAAUAUUGUCCAAGGCAAUUGAACCACAACCAUCAGAUAAAAAAAGCUCUAAUCUAUUUGGUCGCAAACAACUCCGCUCUAGCCUCAGCCCUGUCAUCCUCAGGCAACUGGAAGAAGAAGAAAGGCUGAAGGAAGCAGCACUCUAUGUGGAUAUCACUCAGCUAUGCCAGUUUACUGCUCCAGUUCCCCACCUGGCUGUUUACAGUGGUAUUCCUGAUCACCCAACUCCUUCCAGUCCUUUUCCUCCCUCCUGCCAUGCCCUGAGCAAGCGUCCUCUUCAAUGUCCUGAACACAUUACUCUGCCAAACAGCCCCAGUUGCCCCUCUCCCAUUAGAGUAGCCUUAGAAAACACUUUGCCUGUGGAUAAGAACUGGGAGAUCAGUGGCACCAGCUCUAACCCCUUUCCUUCUGUUACUGAAAGCACCAAGAUCUCCAUGGAUUGGGAAUCAGGUACCUGCUCCCUGGAACCAGCGAGUUCUGAUACCAGGCUGCCCCCGAAGUCCUGGGUGAACUCGUCCCUCGGCAGGUUCUUGAAACGGGGAUGUUUGAACUCACCAGUUUUUGGCACACUAUCCCCCAAGUGCUCUGCAGUGACUCAUGGGAAAGUGCAGCCAUUAGAUGAUCUGAACCAAGAACUGCAACAAAAGAACAAAAAGGUGUCCAACUUCUUCCGGAUAAAAGUAGACAUUCCUUUGGAGAGCAAAGUCUACCCCAUAGACUCUGAUGAGGAAGAGGAGAACAACCACUGGGCUUCCAAGGAAUCGGCAAAAGAAGUUAUUUGUCCAUGGGAGAACCAGACAGAGUAAAGGGAUGAAAAGAAGAAAUGAAGAGUUGGCUUUUAUUCCCGGCUUUUCUUUAAUUUUAAAGGAGUCUUAAAGUGGCUUACAAUUGCCUUC